AUGCGUCGCCGUUUGUGCACCUCGCUUUCCCUCUUCACAGAGACGCGCGUUUCCAACGUACGCCCACGGACCGCGCUGCAACCACCACCCCAUGAGAGCCAUCGAUGGCGGGUGGCACUCUUCACAUCCAUGCGUAGGCGGUCGUCCUCCACAUUGCAGGAGGCGGAUGGACCCAGCCCCCUGCAGCAUGAAGGGAAGGAAGGCGUGGAACAUCCUUCCCCACUGCAGCAAGCACUAGGGUCUGUGGGGGAUGAAGGCUUUACAACGCUCUUCAACUCGCGGCCCGUCGCAGAGCGGGCGGCAGCUAUGUUUAUUGCGCAACGAUAUCCCUCGGAAGGUGUCACGCUGAAGGUGUUUGUGGAGCAGCUGCCAAAUCUGAGUCGUGAUGACAUGUUUACGCGUGGGAUGCCGGCGGCGGAGUGGGUGCGAGCCUCCACACUGAUGCAACUUGAGGAGGAUGCCCACGGCGUCUGCCGCGUGAAACUUGCAGCAGACGUAAAGUUUUUCCUUGCAGAGACCGCGGUGGAUGAAGUAACCGAGAAGAACGAAGAUCCGUCACCUGUGGCAGUGGACAAGGAAGAAAUGAAUCUUGCGGAACAGGUGCUGUGUUGUUUGCGUCAGCGCGUGCUCGGCGUACGGGAGGUGGCUGGCAAUCCAAACUACCGGGCCCUUAGCGAGGCCUAUUCCUCGCUCCUUCGAGAGGCCUCCUCUAGCGCUUCCUUGCGCCGCCUUGUGAACACCCUCAAGUUCGGGGAUUUUCUUGCUAUUGUGACCUCUUCGCGUGGGAGGGAGGAGUUUUGGGUUUUGAAUGAAAAGUAUAUUUGCAUCCGACUUUCCGGGGAGGGACAGCCACCACGGUUUGUGUCACCACAACCGCAGACGAUGGUGGCGCACGCCCUAAAUGCAUACGGUGGUUGGGGUGCGGCACCCAACGUGCCGACGCGACAGGAUGUGUACGAGAUUCUAAAGUACGUGCCUGUUUCAUGGGGAAAUUUCGGCAACCUCAGCAUACCAGCGGCAAAGAAGAAGAAGCACAUUCGUAUUGCCUCAACCUUGCAGUGGUUUCGACGUCAGCCGUUUUAUUUUGAACUGCGCAACCUUGCGGGAACCACAGAAAUUCGUCGCAGCAUUUUGCUGCACCCGGAGGCCCACGGACUGACUCCAGAGGAGGCCCAUGAGCGUCUGCAAUUGAAAAUUGCAAAGGGCGAGGCAAACAGUCUGGCGCCUGUCAACGCCGAAGGGGAGGUGUUGGCAGCUACCGAAGCCUCGCAGCAUACAACGAUACUUUCAAAAUUUAUCGCGCGUGUUUGUCCAGGCUACUUUGUCCCCAUUUCACUGAUCAUGCAACGUUACACCAAGAAGAAUUUGACCGCUGGUGAAUUACUCGCCUGCGCCAAGGGAAACCUCGAUCAAUUUGAAGUUAUUCAGCUCAAGUACACUGACACUCCCCUCCUGCGGAAACGCAUUGGUGCAGACAGUUUGCGAUGGAAGCACGGUUUUGUGGAGGAUUUUGAGCGACACCCAGAGGAUGUGCGGGGUCUCAUUAUCCUCAUGGGACGCGUGUGUUCCACGUGGGAUCGACCCCACUACGUGUAUGUGCGCCUAACGGAGGAGGAAAAGGUUGUCGUGGGUGGAUUUGAAGGCAUGAUGAACAUUCUGCAACGUCACCCGAUGGUGUUCCGUGUUGGAGCGAACUUUAUUUCCCGCGUGGAUCCUUCCGACCCCCUCUCUUUGCGUGAAAGCGAGCCUUCUCCAGAGGACAUGGCGUCCCGUGUUGCGAUUCGUGAAGAAAACCCCUAUCAAACUCCACGCGAGCUGGCGGUGGUGUUUCAUUACGUGGCCCCCGAUGAUGAACCGUGUACCGCGGCCUUCUUCUUGCAGUGCGCCAGCCCGGCGAUGCGGGCCGUCUUGCCGCCGCGAAUCGUUACCUUGCUGCAGCUCUUUCCGGACCUAUUUGUGUGCAAGGAAACCUCUCCGGGUGUAUUUUUGAUGCGUAAAGCGAAGAAGCGCACCCAACGUGAGGCAGACGUUUUUGCCGAGGAUGCGGCGCAAGCGGGGAGGGAGAAAGCUGCUUUCGACGCGCCCUCCCGGCCGGAGCGGCCGCGGCAGACAACAAAGGAAGCGGCGGGGGCGGACGAUGAAGUGUUGGGCUGGGAGGAUGCUUUUGAAGAGAACGACGCCUUCUCGCGCGAGGAGGCGGUGCGGGCGGUGAAAGCGCUGGUGCCGGCGGGGGGUGUGGAGGCCUCCCGGCUGCUGCUUUGGGCCUCCCUUGCGGUUCAACAGGCCGCGAACCAGCAUUACGGCGGGGUUUUGAAGCUCGUUGAAGCCAACAGCGCCCACUUCCGCGUGCAGGACAGCCCGGAGUCGAAAAUGAUUUACCCCGCAAAGGGGAGUGGGGCGGAAGAGGAGUGA